AUGACUACGCAAGAGGAUCCGGAGGCGAAUGCCCUGUUGCGCCUCCGGAUCACUCACAUCACCUCGACCAUGUCGCCCUCGCUGCCGACAUUAGCUCAGUACUACUGUCCACCGCAUUUGGCCACGGCUAUACCUGCUGGCGCUCUUCCUCACCACUUGCCAGUACUGAGAAUCUUUGGAACGACUCCCGCUCUACAGAAGAUAUGCGCCAACAUUCACUUGUGCUAUCCUUACUUCUUCGUUCCCUUCCCGAUGGACUCGAAUGAUCCUCUGCGACCGGAAAGAGUCAUCAAGCUUUGCCAGCGAUUCGCCGUAUCACUGAAUCAUGCAAUAUGUCUCGCCAUGCGGCAAAACCCCACUGGCACAAGCUCGUCAACCAAAUACGGUGGUGGACCGGAUCCUAGGCAUUUACAUGUUGCAUCCGUCAUGCUCGUUAAAGGCGUCCCAUUCUACGGAUACCAUAUCGGUUACAGCUACUUUCUUAAAGUCAGCCUGGUCAAUCCUUCCCGCAUGUACGUCGCCAUGGAGCAGCUGAGAAAGCCAGUCGUCCUCGGGAGGGAAUGGCAACCUCACGAGGCUCACAUGAACCACGUGCUGCAGUUCAUGUGCGACUUUGACCUGUACGGAUGUGGAUGGUUGGAUUUGGGAGGCGGGACAUUUCGAGAGCCUCUCCCUGAGGGCGAUCCCUACACCUCACCGCCUCGUACGAGAGGUCCGCCAAAGAUCUUCGACACUCUGAGCGUACCUGCGGAUAUGCUCUACUCUACAGCUCUGAGUCCUCCGAAGGAUACUUUCACGCCCUUGGAGAUCGACGUUCUCCCACACCACAUCCUAAAUCGUAACAGACUCAAACCUCGGUACCUUCACCACGACCUCAUUGAGCUGUUGCAUAAGCCUUUGGACCCCGACGAAAAGCUCGUACCUGCGGUGGCCGAAUUGUGGGAGGAUGAGCGACGCAGGCGAUCGACCAGAGGCCUGAGUCUGAGUGAGAGAGCCAUGAUGCCAGGAAGUGGAGGAAUGGGCGGACGCACAAAGGCAGAGCUAGGCUACUUGGAUGAGACACAGGAAAGACCCGAAAACAAGGGUGGCAAUUGGAAGAUCUCUACAGAGCUCUGGGACAUGAUCGAGGAACGAAUGGAGGUCGAGAGACGUAAAAGGGGCAAGUUGACAUACGAAAAGUUCUCUGGAGAUAUCUCUGGAGGCAGUGGCGGCGAGAAACGAAGGUACGACAAGUGGAUUAUGACGACAUUCCAAGCUGUAUCUGCUCACUGGCCUAGAGCCCCUCGGGCACCCAAGUCUACCCAGCGCUCGAAGAAGUCUCGAAUCAGCAACGGCUUACCAUCCUCGCCGACUAAGCUCGCGUCUUCGACACCCGUCAAAUUCGAGGAGUCUUCACCUCUCAAGCGGCCCGAGGCCGAUGUCAAACCAGACUUAGGGCUCAUUGAUCAGCCUGACCCAAUCAACAUGGCAAUCGAAGAAUCAGAGUCGGAGGAUGAAAUCGACUUUUCCGAUUCUGAUGAGGAGAAUCCUUUCGAGGCCCUCGUCAUAACUCAGCUGUCUCAAGGUGAUCAACAGGUCAAAGUUGAAGUGGACGACACGCGUGUGACACGUGGUGGCCCUGAGGACAUGGACUAUUUUGCAGACGACCUUGAUGAAGAGCAGCUCAACCAGAUGAUGCACGAGCGGGACGCCAGACAGCAUGCUGAAGAAAGUGCCAAGAUUCACGCGACUCAAGCGGCUGGCAGACAACCUGAAGGGGACGAGUAUGACGACGAAGAGCUGGACGAACUGUUCAGGAAUACUGUAGGACAGAGCUGGGUAGGUUGGCAAACGCCACGGCGCCGCGGAAUGAACGGUUCCGUCACGCCCAGUAGUGCGUCGAAAACCGCCACAACUACUGGGGGACUGGAUAGUCGUCGAGCUAUGCGAGAUCGGAGGAUACGCGAGAUGGCAGGUCUUGGGGAUCUUAGUACCAUUAUGGAUCGCUCGUCGAUGAGCCUCUCUUCCCCUGGGCAGACUCCUGUGCCUCAAACCCCGACUAAGACCGGGACUGGCAGUACCAAGACGACGCCCACAUCACUCUCUCGCAAUAUCUUUGCAAAGCAUCGUCCGACUCCCGUUGCCGUUCCGAAACAGCCGAGAAGCAAUGGGUCGAUUCUCACAAACACCGUGGUACUCGCUGAACCAAAGAAGAUCCUCGGAGCCAUGUCAAGCUCCCCUGAGGAGGAUCGACACCCCGAAACACCUACUCGUGUGAAGCCAAGGCACAGCAGAAUCGAGAUGCAAGACGUCAAGCCCGACGUGCAUGAUCAUAAAAGUACGAAGCGAGCCAACACAGGCGUUCAACUACCCCCGGCUCGGCAGCCGCGGCGACCAACACCUGAAAUCGCGCUCCCUAGCUCGAUUCCAAGGCGAAAAAGAGUACGAUUACCGAGCCCGACCCUGAAGAAUCCUGAUUCUCAGACCGAUGUGUCGAAUUCUGGUGAAAUCACAGAUCAAACUCCCAAUCAGGGCAAACGCGUCCGCUUGGCUAGCCCAGAGAGUGGUCUGCAGCCCACUCCACAGCGUCCCGGAUCACUCGACCGGUCUAUACAUAGUCAAGAGUCACCUGGGGCCAGUGGCGAGACUCGGACCUCCACGAGUACUGAUCAGACCCAAGUAGGGCUCGUCGAGGGAUCCAGCUCGACCGUGCAGCCCGACCUCUCUAGCACAGCUUGGCAGUUCCAGUUGAAACCUCCGGAUGCACUCAUUGUCAGGGAGUCUGUGGAUCCCGAGGUGGUGUACCAGGAUCCUUACUACUCAAAUCCGUCAGAUGUCCCUUCUCGACCCAAAAUGUUUGCGGGUCGGAUGUUCGCGCUCAAGUCCAAUGGCGUCAACGAUCUUGCCGAUUUUGAAUCCUCCAUUUAUGGUCCGAUAUCUUGGAUGAAGACCCGCCAGGAGCAUACAGUGAAAGGCAAGUAUGGGUGGGCGUUUACCAAUGUUCCGCCGCGACGGAACGAGGUCACAAACUGGUGCUCCAAGGAAGACGAGACUAUCCUCGCUCAAUCUCAAAGAAAAGCUGCCUUGACCUCUCAACUCCGCAAGCCUACUCAGAAGAGUAGAUACGGUUUCAAAUUCUCCCAGAGGAAGAAGACGAAGGAUUCUGAGCGUGAACAUCAAAACAUGUCUGUACUGGCUGUCGAGGUCUUUGCAAAAUCUCGUCAUCAACUCUUGCCUGAUCCUGAGAAAGAUGAGAUUGUCGCCGUCUUUUUCUGUUACCAGAACGAGGACGAGACUUUGCCAGACACCACGAUUCAUCCUGGGUAUCACGCCGGCUACGUGAUUGUAGAGUCUGCUCAGACCAGGGCGGGUCGAGUGAAGCUUGAAGAUGUACCCUGCCAUUACGUCGCGAGCGAGCUUGACCUCAUCAACUGGGUCAUCGAUACGGUCAAAUUUUGGGAUCCAGAUGUCUUGGCCGGAUGGGAGCUGCACAACUCUUCUUGGGGAUACAUCGCUUCCAGAGCCAACGAAGCGUUCAGCAUCGAUUUGAUGGAACAAUUGUCUCGUGUGGUGUCGGGUCACUCUGCUCCAAGAAAGGACUUUUACUCCGCUACUCACGCUUCCACGUUCAAGGUAUCUGGACGCCAUGUGCUCAACAUUUGGCGGAUCUGUAGGUCGGAGAUUACUCUCAUCCAGUACACAUUCGAGAAUGUCGUCUUUCAUCUCAUGCACCAACGAAUUCCACAUUAUCCUCCGGCGUCUCUUACAGCUCUUUGGAAGAGCAAGACACCUGAGCAUGCCACUCGCGUGUUGAAAUACUUCUUCCAACGAGCUGUUCUCGACAUUGAGAUCGUCGACGCUGCUGAGAUCAUCACCAAGAAUGCCGAAUUCGCUCGUGUCUUUGGUGUGGACUUCGCCUCGGUCAUGUUCCGAGGCUCGCAGUACAAGGUGGAGUCUUUCAUGUUUCGGAUAGCCAAACCCGAAUCAUUUGUGCUGGUCUCCCCUUCCAAACAGCAGGUCGGCUUGCAGAACGCACCAUUUGCCGUGCCACUCAUCGCGGAGCCAGAGUCGAAAUACUACAAUCACCCCAUCUUGGUACUGGACUUUCAAUCUCUGUACCCAUCCGUCAUGAUCGCAUACAACAUCUGCUUCUCAACUUGCCUAGGAAGAGUGGAGAAGUUCAAAGGCACUGAUAAAUUCGGUUUCACAGAGCUGAAGGUCGCGGAUGGGCUUCUCGAGCUACUGAAAGACUAUCUCACCGUGACACCAAAUGGAAUGAUCUUCGUCAAACCGGCUGUGCGGAAGAGCCUUUUGGCGAAAAUGCUAGGUGAAAUCUUGGACACUCGAGUCAUGGUCAAACAUGCGAUGAAGGGAGCUAGAGGGGACAAGUCAUUGACUCAGCUUCUGAAUGCCCGACAACUCGGUCUUAAGCUCAUGGCCAAUGUCACUUACGGAUAUACUUCCGCCACGUACUCUGGUCGGAUGCCCUGCAUCGAAGUGGCCGACUCAAUCGUCCAGACCGGACGUGAGACACUCGAAAAGGCUCAAGAGAUGAUUCACUCGCGUGCAGACUGGCGGGCGCAAGUUGUCUAUGGCGAUACCGACUCGCUCUUUGUUGCCCUCCCUGGAAGAUCCAAAGACCAGGCGUUCCGAAUCGGUAAUGAGAUUGCAGACGCAGUCACUGCAGUCAAUCCGAAACCAGUCAAACUUAAGUUCGAAAAGGUGUAUAUGGGGUCCGUCCUCAUGGCGAAGAAGCGAUAUGUGGGCUUCAAAUACGAGCAUCCCGACGAGAUCGAGCCGGUCUUUGAUGCCAAGGGUAUCGAGACGAUCCGGCGAGAUGGCUUUCCGGCUCAAUCAAAGAUUGAAGAAGUUUGCCUAAAAAUGCUGUUCCGGAAUCAAGAUCUCUCAGAGAUCAAGGAAUUUUGUCGUCAGGAGUGGACAAAAAUCCUUCAGGGCCGGGUAAGCAUGCAAGACUUUAUCGUCGCAAAGGAGGUCCGCUUGGGGUCUUACUCAGAUAAAGGUGUCCCUCCUCCAGGUGCAGCCGUGGCGUAUCGUCGAAUCCUGAAGGACCCCCGAGACGAGCCUCAGUAUGCCGAAAGAGUGCCGUACAUCGUCUCUAAUACCGAAGGGCGACGAUUGAUCGACCGGGCUCGAAUGCCGGAAGAAAUGCUGGCGAACAGGUCCCUCGGUAUCGAUGCAGAAUAUUACAUCCGAAAUCUCCUCAUUCCCCCUCUCUCUCGUAUCUUCAAUCUUGUCGGCGCCGAUGUCGAGCACUGGUAUGAGUCCAUGCCGCGAACAAAGCGGGCGUCAAAGUACGACACUCGGCACACUGGUAAGAUGAGGAUUGAUUCACAUUUCAAGUCGAGCCACUGCAUCGUAUGUGGUGGGGAGUCGUCCCACAGAAUUUGCAGUAUCUGCCGCACAGAACCGUCUACAACGACACACGCACUCUUGUCCCGGCAGCAUCUUGCUCAACAGCGACUUCUGGACACCCACAAGAUUUGUGCCUCAUGUUCAUCAACGCCUGUCGGCGAAAGGAUCCUGUGCGAUUCAAUCGAUUGUCCAGUCACCUAUGCGAGAGUCACAGCGACACGGGACGUCGAUGAUCUGGCGGACGUGCCUGACAUACUAGAAGAAUUCAACGCAUCUGCUCAUCACGAAGAGAUCGUCACAAGUGCCGUUCUCGCUGGUCCGCUGGAUUGGUGA